CUCAAUUUUCGUCAAAUGCAAGUUUUGACGUACAAAUAGAAUUCAAGACAGCUUCAUAUAUAUACCGGUAUCUGGAAAGUAGUCUUCCUCGACAUCGAGGGACAGCCAACAUCAACAGAUACACCUCACUGCAAACCUAUGAAAAUGGAGACAACCGGUAAAGAGCUCGUCGAUUUGCGGAAGGCCACAUAUGACCACGGGUUUGCUGCAGAAAAAGGCGGCGACCCGAUGUCUGGAUUUUACAACUUGUGGGCAGGAAAAUACGAUCAGAUUUUAGCGAAUGUUUAUCAAGGUCCUCGCAAUUUGGCAGCCCUUGCAUCCGAGUUCAUCACUGAUAAAUCUUCAAGGAUCCUUGAUGCAGCAUCGGGAACAGGGAUGGUUGGACAAGAGCUGAAGAAUCUGGGCUACAUUUGCAUUGAUGCUCUAGAUCCUUCCCAGGAUUCCUUGGAUAAAAGCAAGGAACUUCAGUCUUGCAACGAGUACAUAUGCGACACGCUAGACGAGCACCAGACGAAAAUCCCCGACAAUCAAUACGAUGCCGUGGUGAUGUGCGGUGCCUUUGGUGUGCCUGGUCACGUGACCGAUGCGUGUUUUCCAGAACUCAUCCGUAUUACGAAGCCGGGAGGAUACAUAAUGUUUACGUUCUCCGAAAGCGUGAUAAACCGAUGGAAUAGCCAGACGGAGGCGGCCAUCGGAGCACUCAGCCGGCAGGGUCGAUGGGAACUCGUGGAGUAUCGCUGGGUACAGUACCUUGUCAGUGAAGCCUUGAAAGAAAAAGCGAAGGUACCUGUUCUCAGGAUCUUACCCAAGUAAAACACAAUGCUCUUUUUUUGAAAAAAAAUCUGUUGAGUUUAUGGUUUCAAUCGACGGGUUUUUAUUUCCAUACGACUUGAGUUUAAGCACAGGUGUAAAACAAUUUGGAUAGCGCGUGCUGUGACCAUUUUGAAGCUACGCGCUGGUUCCGAAUCUCUCAAUUCGAAUAUAGUACGGGAACCAAUACACAAUGUAUAACAACAUUAUAAUCAAAUUAAAAGAGAAUAAAAUAAUGUCUAAAAAUUUUUGUCUUAACAGAAUUUGAUUUGAAAAAAAUAUGUAAGUCAAAACUUAAUUUUACUUCACGGUAACACAAAUGAACCCAUUCAAUAAAAAAAAGGUGAAAAUUGUGGUUAAAUAAGGAUAGUUUUGUUUACAAUUCCAUUGUUAUGCAAGUAGUAAGAUGGCGGACGGGUGACUUCACCUCAUCUAAUGGACUAUCCGUGGUAUUUGUAGCCGCCACAUUGUGUGGGCUUUUGUUCUGUGGUUGAAGUCUUGAAGAACUCAUUAAAAGAAAUACGUUGCAUGGAAAAUUUGGUGAUAAAGUUUGCAUUAAUUAACAUCCAAAACGAAAUGCCUUUGUGAUUGUAUUGUAAUUAAAUGAAAUGUUCAGCUGUCGAUAUUGGGGGAUCACCACGCGCCUGCCAAAAGCUUUCAGUUCCGGGAAAUGAAUGUCAGUGUCAUUAAAAAUGCAUCAUUUUCAUUACCUGUAUAGAAACAAUCUGUGUAAAAACAUCAAAUAAAUGAAAUGAACACAGUUGAAUAUCAUGUUCUAUCAACUCAGUGACAUACACGUUGAAGUUGCAUUUAUUGACGGAUCAUUGGAAAUUACCUACAUUUCUUGAUUAAUUUUCUUCUAAUGAUAUGACAGCAAGCCAGAUGGAAUAAUUUCAAACGGUGCUUAGUACCAGCAUACGAUCUGUACAUGUAUAAGCUUUUUGAUAAUAUUUGGAUAGGUUAGUUUUGGGAUAAAUGCAAAUGGUUCUAUAUAAUUUGAACAGACUUGAGAUAUUUAUAGGCCUAUAACUAUAAGGUUGUUCAGAGCCUUCUAUGGAGAAACGUCACACAAUUGCUUUGAUAUAGCUCAUCCUAUAAAUAAAAGGUCCUAAGUGUGAUAUUUAUCCUGUCCAGUGUUACCUUGGUAUAGUGCACAAUGUGCUUGAUAAUUUGCCAUUCACGUAUCAUAACGUAUGACUGCAAACGCUUUUUCAUUUGUUGGGAGGUGGUUUACUGUUCAUAAUCAUUCUUGUAGUGCAUCAGAGUUAUGAAAUCAUAGAUGUCAGAUGUAUCAGGGACAGGAAAAAUGUGGACCCCAAAUUUAUAGAAUGACCCCUAUCGUAGACCCUAUACUUCGUCCACAAAUUGUUAACAAGAGUAAUUAUCGGGAGUGUUUCAGAAAUCUCCACACAUGUUCCUGGAAUCUUUAAACUGUUUAAAAUAAAAGUAUACCUGAAUAAUGUAAAAAAAAAAAAAAAAGAGUUGUGCUCUUUAAUUAUCUGUGUUAUAUUAUGUGCUGCACUGUGGGUGGGUCUGUACGUGAUGGGGUCGAAGUCUGUAUGGGGGUCGAAGUCAUAUGUUUUUGUAUGCGGUGUCUGGGGUAAAAACAGAGUCAAUUCGUAGCAGUGCGAGCAUGGCGUGAGUUACAAAAA